AUGGCGUCUGUCCGAACAGUGGAUUUCACACAAGCGAAUUGUGCUGAGAAAGGACUGCCAGAACAUUUAACAAACUACUCAGUGAAAGGAUUUCACAACAGGAAUUCUUCUCUUUUUCCGACUACUCAUAAAAACAGACUUUUCACACAUAAGACAGAAGCCCUCCAUCAAGAUAAAGGUACUGGGAACUUGAUAGGAGAUUGUUUGUGUGCUGGAAAACCUCCAACAUCUGUAAGCAAAUCAAAGAUUUUAAACAGGGCACAAAGUGCAACAGGACGAUUGGAAAAGAAUGCUCAAUAUUUCAGAAAUGGUGCUGAUGUUAAUGUUGUCAAAGACACUGAAAGGAAAACAGUGAACAGACCAUACAGUGCAGUCGUGAAUGGAUCAGUGAAUCACAGUGAUGCCGCAGUUCAUGGAUCAGUGAACCUCGCUGUAAAUGGGUCAUUGAAUCAUAGUGGUCAUGAAAGAACUACACCAAGAUGUUCAUCAUCUGUUUUACAUAAAAAUACAACAAAAAAGAGAAUUCCAUCUGCCAAAAGGACAAAUAGUGCGAGAAGUAGAUAUUCUAGUCAGCAAUAUAAAUAUAGUAAUGAUUCAUCAGUUUUAAACAUUCAUAAAGGUUUAGGAAACCUAGAAAUCAAUAACAAUGAAGAAAUUGCUGCUGAUGCUUGCGAAAUGGCAAUGGUUCCUAUCAAUGGAAGGCAGAUGCCUGUUGUUGAUAUCGGCGGUGACGCACCCGUUCCUGUGUAUAACUACCAGCAACCUGUGAAUUCUAAACAUGUAGAAAAUGAACCAAAAUUAAAACCAUUCCAUACACCCUGUACAAAUAAAAUGGCUGAGAAAAGUGUAUUGAAUGAUGUUUUUUCUACCGAUACAAAUGUAACUAAGGAGCUUAGUGAUGAAAAAGACAAAGAAAAAGAAGGUCGUUUAAAACCAUCAGUGUUUGGCUUAGAGAAAAAGAGACAGAUAUUUGGUAGCUCUGCUGAUGAGUCUGACAGUCCAAGUACUACAGAGAAUUUUCCUUAUAAGUUAUCAACAGAACCACAAGGCAUGCUCCAGAUUACAGAUGGAUCAGAGGACAGGAAAAGGCCUAUACCAGAAGAUUUGGAGCCACUAAGGCCCUGGCUAAUGGAAGAUGUAAUGGAAGAGCUUAUCGGUGUAGAUCCAAAGAAAUGUCUGGUGUUCUUGCCAUCCUUGAUAGGACAGGAUCUGACAGACAUCCCAGAGGUUCCCCCUCCUCAGAGCAUGGAAGAAGAGUUACCAUAUAAGGAAAAAAUCCUUCCUCCGGAGACACCAAAGAAAUAUGAACACCCUUCAUUUAAUAAAAAGCCUUUAGUUGAGGACUGGGUUUGUGAACACAGCAAAAGUCACAGUCGUAUUUAUGGAGAAGAUGGCAGUAUAUUGCACGAAAAAAAAACUCGAAGACGUUUUCAAGGAAAGAGGACAUCUGGUAUUAUAAGGAGGGAGAUCAAAGAACUGGAAGAAUUGCUGAAAGGUAUUGGGACACUGGAAACCGACUGUUCAAUAGUAAAGUACCAAGCAGAGAUUGACAAAUAUAGACUUACACACGCACAAACAAUGGCUCUGAUUCCUGAAAGAUUGUUAAAAUCUCCAAGACAUACAGAUACAUUCGGAAUUCAAGAAUUUUGCCGACAGCAUGAUGACAUAAUGCAUGAGAUCAGAGAGCAGCAUAAACUCUGUCUGGAGGAGCUCGCAACACUGGAAGUGGACGCGGGAAUCGAGAGUGAAAGGAAAUAUUUCAAACAUCAAGUUCAUCUGCCUCGUUCAGAUGAGAGUGUUGUAAGUGAUGAUACUUAAACAUCAUAUGUACAGCAAAAAAUUAAAAAAAAACAAUUUUCAAAUUUAAAUUUGAAACUGGUCAAUAAAGUUGUUUUUAAUUUAUAAUUUGCUCAAUUGUUACUUAUUACUGGC